AUGGCACCGCCUUCACACAGGUAUUCGGAGUUGAAAGAAGACGCGCUUUCCGACCAAAGCAGUGCGUAUGACGGACAAGCAAUUGGAACACGGCGACAGUGGACUACCGCGCGAUGGAUAAUCGUCCUCGUCGCCUCACUCAUAUCCACAAACAUCUUGACCAUGAUUAUCACAUCGAACGUGGCGCACUCCCAUCACAAGGCCGCAUUCGUGCCACCUUAUGGCAUACCGCCCUUCUUCAACAACAUCUCACUUGAUCUCCAGCCUCAGCGCAUCUAUGCACCAUUGUACGACAGAGAUCACAGUCUGUAUCGCAAGCACGAGUCGCCGGAAACCGAGGUGGCUUGGCGGGAGCUUACACAGCUUGACUCCGGGCUCCUGCUGCUGCCGAAAGAACAGGCCGCGCAAGUCGGCAUCGACCCGACAAGGCAUGCGUACUGGAACAACCCCGAGAAGGGCCUUGUCGGGCAUCCGGUCAGAUUGGAGGCAACACACCAGUUGCACUGCCUGAACCUGCUCCGGCGCUUCUCGUACUUCCACUACAACUACACGAACGAAUACGACGCGCCUCUCAAGGACGUGCCGUACCACUACAGGAGGAUACACGCCGACCACUGCGUAGAUUACCUCCGCAACCGUUUGAUGUGUCUCUCGGACAUGGGCCUGAUUCCUUAUUUUUGGCUCGGUCGCGACGGCGACUUGGUAGGAGACAUGUCGCGUACAUUUACUUGCCGCAACUACGAGUCUGUGAGGCAAUUUGUCAAGGCCAAGGCGGAACCGGCGGACGGCAGGGUCAAGCCGGAGGCUGGAGAUUAUGUCUUGUAUGACUACAUUUGA